UCCAUCCUACCGACCUACCGCGAGAGAAGUAACACUACUGCGACUGGAUCUUCGACAGUUUAAUAAAAUCUCCUAAUAUGGCGAGCGAAAAAAAAUCAGGAGUGAAGCCUCUCAACAAAAAUGGAAAAUCUAAUGAAAAUAUAUUAGCUCAUUUUCAAGCACUCCGUGUCGAUCAACGGAUGAUGGCGAGCAAACUUUCAGAAUUGGAAUUGGAAGUGAACGAGCACAAAAUCGUUAUCGAUACUCUCAAAAAUGUCGAUCCUAAGAGAAAGUGUUACAGAAUGAUCGGAGGUAUUUUAUGUGAACGAGUCGUCGAAGAUGUUAUUCCUUCCCUCGUGACAACUAAGGAACAGCUUGCUAAAAUAAUCGAGUCCCUCCAUGAUCAACUAGAGAAAAAGGGUGUUGAAAUAAAUGAUUUCAAGGAGAAAAACAACAUUAGGAUAAGAGGACAAGAUGAGCUCCAUAGAGCUGACCAAGAUUCAAAGGAAAACAAGCAAAAUGCUAUUGUCGUUGAUCCUAUCGAACUUUAAAAGUUCUUUAUACUUUGCUUUUUCCAUUCUACCGGUUUUGCUUAAGAAGAAAGAUAAAUCAAUUCGUCUUUUCCGAUACAUAAGUUGAGAUAUUUUGCGACUUUUCAUGCCUGUCAAAAUUAUUCUCUUGAAUUAACCAACCGAUUAAAAAAUAUCCAUUGAAAAUAAUAAUAAUUUUAUACUGUAAUAGAAAUUUUUUAUUGUAAUAGUAGCCGUUCGAUGCUUUGUUGCCAUUCUAGCAAUCCUGAGAUUUUUUCACUCACUGUUAUUAGAAACGCACAUUCCGUGCUUCAAAUUAUCUCACAUCAGAAAUUGAGGCCAUCCCGAUUUCAUCAUGUCAACCAUCUAAAUGUAUUAAUUUAUAAAAAUGCAAUACAUCAUACAUCUUAUACGUAAAAUAUUGUCUAUUUUUUUUUUUUAUUACGGUGUUACAUGUGUUGUUAAAAAUGAAAAAGAAAAGUGCAUUAGAACAAGGGAGAGGAAAUGAAUGAAAGCAAAAGACAAGUUUUGUAAACAUUUUGGUUUCAUUCAACACAAUUAAUCAAACCUUUUUGAUCUUUGAGCCAAUGAACAUUGUACAAAAAGAAGAAAACUAGUUAACUUGAUAUUAUUUCAUUUUUUACGGCCUGUUGUGUAAAUGAAUAUGACUUAUGAAUAAAUAAUUGAUUAGUUUGCA